GUUUAAUUCUGAAGAGAGAAAGAAGAAAAAUGUGGAAGAAAUGCAAUUAAUUGCAAGUGCAUGUUUUGUGCUAUUUUUCUCUUUCGUUUGUCAAUUGUGCACUCGUUCCAUCGUUGAGUGUAGAAAAUUUAAUGUAGUACGAAUGAAAGGAACUAGUAUUAUCUCCCUAGUAUUUUCAUUUCCGUCAAAGAUGGCGGAGACCACGCAAGAGUGUCGGUGCGAAACAAACACGUCAACAUCGUUCACGUCAUCGUGAUCGAGCGUAGCCGGAGAAUCCGUGCGGUUCAAAUGUGCCUUGACCCUUCCAAAUUUUCCUUCUUGCGCCUCUAAGUCCUACGUCGUGCCUCGAAUCGAUUCAUCUAUGAUCAUCCCCCAAUCCUAGCAGUUUCAUGUGCGCGCUUUGAUUCCCAACUCGUUUAGCGAAAGACAGUUAGAAAGGCAAGAUCGACCAUGGCAGAUUCCUUGCACAAGGACGGAUACGAGAACUCUGGCCUGACGAUGCGUACUAACAGCAUUAAUAUAGGAUCAGACAGCAGUGACAUGAAGCUAGAGCCUUCCAGUCCUACAGAGAAGUAUACCUUCUCUCGUUGUAGCAGCACAGGAUCAGUUAACACACCAUCUUCUUCCGCUCAUAAUACAGAGGACGAAGAUAGUGAUAAUAAAAAUUCCACCAUAAGUUACAAGGACCGUAGGCGAGAGGCUCAUACGCAGGCGGAGCAGAAAAGGCGGGAUGCUAUCAAGAAAGGUUAUGAUUCCCUUCAAGAUUUGGUACCGAGCUGUCAAUACACAGAGUCCACGGGUUACAAGAUUUCCAAGGCUACGGUACUCCAAAAAUCCAUCGAUUACAUACAGUUUCUGUUGCAACAGAAGAAGAGGCAGGAGGAUGAGCGUAAUGCACUGAGAAAGGAAGUCGUCGCGUUGCGCAUUAUGCAGGCAAAUUAUGAGCAAAUUGUCAAAGCACAUCAGACGCAGCCAGGACAUGCGGAAAUGCGUAUUUCAGACGAGAUGAAGUUUCAAGUGUUCCAGGCAAUAAUGAAUCGCCUUUUCGAAACGUUCAAUAUUUCCGUAGCUAAUUUCACUGAAUUGUCUGGUUGUGUGUUCAGUUGGCUGGAGGAACAUUGUAAACCUCAGACUCUACGCCAAAUAGUAACCUCGGUACUACAACAGCUCACAAUUGGUAACAAUCAAAUUAGCUAGUCAAGUGCAUUUCUGAGAAAGGUAUUGCACAAUGUCCUCAAAAGAAUUCCUGUUAUCUGUAAAGAAAAUAUAAGUACUAUACAUAGUACUAUAUAAUAUUUAGAUCAAGUCUACGAAACAAAGAGCAUUUAUCUCUUCAUUUUUCUUUUUUUCAUUUGAUUGACAAUAUAGUAGAUUCUCGAAACAAACAAAAUUAAAACAAGUAUGAAUUAAGUAGAAAUACGUUUUUUCAUUGUAUUUUUAUUAAUGCAAUGGUUAGGUAAUUGAUUUAAUGGUUUACUUAAUUGGUUACAUGGUUUAGUUAAUACAUUUUGAGAAAAUUUACGUAUUAUUUUAAUGUUUUUCUUUUUUAAGUUUUACGUAAUUUAUCUCUAAUAUAGAUAUCUUCUAGUUUGUAGAUAAUUAGCUUUUUGUUGUGGUUUGUAAAGAUAAUUUGAGAUAAUAUCUUUUAUUAUUGAAAUCUGUAGACAUUAAUAAAAUAAUAAGUUACCAGAAGAGAUAUGCACUGCAGAUAUAAUGCAUGUGGGAAAUAUGAAUAAAAAUUUAUUUUAUAUACAUCUAAAUAUGAUGCAGGGUUAUUAUCAAUAAUUGAUGUAGAUGAUAUUUUUACCAGAUCUUUUAUUGCAUAUACUUUGCGAUAAACAAAUGGCAUAUAGUGUAUAUAUGUAUAUGUGUGUAUAUCUGAUUAUGUAUAUAUAACAGAUUUAUAACAUAUAUUUACAAUGGAUAAAUGUAUACACGAUCG